GUCUCCUAGCAACUGGAUGCAGGGGGCAUGGCACUCUUAACACCCCAGGGAGUAAAAAAAGUCUUCCAAUUUCAGGACAAUGCAGAGCCCUGUGAGGACCCCAGUGGUGAUUUGCUCAGUGAGGAUGGCAUCUUGAUUCCUCAGUCUCACUCUCCAUCCCUCAUAUCAUGCCCUGCAGAAACAAGAAGGUAGGGAGCACCUACGGAGACUGUUGAACUGGGAAGAGUUUGAUGAAGUGAGAGACUCCCGCAGAAGCAUUCUGCUGGAUACCCUCUAUGAAAGCAUCAUCUUUGCCGUGGGCAAAGGUUUCCCAUGGGUGGAAGUGGCCAAGGUGGUCAAGUUCACGGAAGAGCUGCUCAAGGAAACCAAAGGGCCUGGGAGGAAGUCACCAGGAACAACACAGAGGAACAGAAGACUGCCAACUCUGUCCUGGUGGAAAGAAAUCGCAGGAAGUGGACAGAUUUUGCACACCCUGUUGAGUGUCUGGAGAGAGGCUGCUCCAUCACUGAGGCGGUGACAAUCCUAGGGAACAAACUCAGAGAUUACCAGGGGCAGUUCAAUACCACCCACCUGCUGGCCCUCUGUGACUACUUCCACAACACCUUCAUCCGCCACUACAAACUCUACCAGUUUGUCCUGGGCCAGGACCAGGAAGUCAACCUGACUGUCAACCACCUGGAAGUAUGUGCACCGCCCCAGCCCCUCCCGCUGGCCAAGGGCAUGGACAAGGACAUCUGGCAGCUUGAGCAGCAGAUGGUGGAGCUCCGUAAGGCUGAGGUGCAGAAACGCACCAAUGUACUGCUCCUGAAGGAGGCGCUGCACCUGGAGCAGGAACACAAGCUACAGAAAACGUUCUCUGAGGUGUCUGAGCAGCCCAGCCGGGUUCUAAAGAGGGAGGAGUUAGAAAAGCUCAUUGAUGAGGUCAUUCACAUUCAGACUGAAUGCCUGAAGGAGCUGCUGCAAUAUGAGAUACAGAUAACUUUUGAUAUUUUGGACCUGAAACUUCAGAAGACUUUGAACCUCAAUGCUCCUAUCCCUUCCCCCCUCUCUAUCACUGGCCAGCCAGGCCAAGAUGAAUCUCUUAACUUCUACAAAACAAACAAAGGAAAGAAAGCAAAAGCAAAGAAGAAGUAGAGAGCUCCUGGUGUCCACUGACUAAAGACUAUGAUUGAGGAAAAGCCAUUGACAAUUAUGAAAGUAUUAUGUGAUGUGCUCAGCACCCAGUAGAUCAGAGCUUUCUAGUGAUUAAAAUAAAUAAAAUGGCAGACAUCA